AUGGACGAGGAGAUUUGGAACAAGCUCAGGCAGCAGCUGCGCAGCCUGCAAGACAAUAUCGAUGAGAUCACCGCGAAGUUUUCACCGCCGAAGACAAGCACGCUUUCGGCCGAAGGAACCUGUGCGUACCCUUCGAAGACUCCGCAGAGUGCCCGAUCCCAUCGCGAUAUGGACGUGCGAUUCUUCGCGCCUCCUCCACAGAUGUCCCCCCACAUCCACUCUGGGCGCUUCCAGCGCGUCUCCCACAGCCAGCUGCCACAAACUCCACAGUCCGUAGGCUCCGAUCGCCUGCCACAAGCAUGGCAUUUGCAAAGCCACUUGCCUGACCACAUUAUUCACAGCAGUGCAACUUCCGAAAGCUCUACAUCCGUCCGUCAGGCGGGCAGCUGUCGCCGAGCUUCCCGCACCAGCAGUGCAUCGGAUUUUCGGCCUGCGGUUCUGCCCGGAUUCGAGGCUGACCUCCUCUGCUCUCCAUCUCGAGCUGCCCUGUGCCCGGCGAUACCCGGGUGCCAGACUCGCAGUACCUCGAGCCUCAACUCAGUGGUCCCGCCCCAGCUCACGCCGGGUAGUGCCAAGCUCACUCUGCGGGCGGUGCCUCUGGAGAUUGCCGGUACGCCAGCUGCCGCGUUUCCAAGCGGAGACUUUCGAGCGCAGUCACCGGGCAGACCCUUCGUGAUGAUGCGGCCUAUGACUCCACAACAGGUCGCAACUCCUCGGCUCUACGCUCAGAGGCGAGUGUUUCAAACUGCAGCGGGACCAGUCGGUGGGCCGUCCUGA